AACGUGUACAAAACGCCUUGUUACUUGUUGGGGUGCUGUUAGCUCUAUCGUUUGCUGACUGUCUUUGCCACGUUCUUGCAGGGAUCUUUGGCCAUUAGUUCAACCUUCUUGUGAGUGUCUGAGUUCUGUGUUUGGAAGUAAAGAAUAUCCUCAUUUCAACUUUUACUUUUACAACAAAGAUCGAUUGUUGUUUCUGAAAUUUCUAUGAUAAUCGACUCGAUGGCCCGUUCGGUAAAGGUUAUUGUUGCAGCGGGUCUCAUCCUCGCAAACUGUUAUCUACUGCUUCAAAUCAGAAAAACAGUUAAGGUUGAGACAAUAAUACCAACCGGGUUUGAUGGCCCGGAAGAGGAGCAGUUGCUGGAUGAGACGACAGACUCAGACGAAAAAUUACAAGUCCUAAUCCAAGAAAACCUGCUGCGGUUAAAACGGCCUAAAAUUGAUACGGAUGAAAAGAAAACAGUGGUGCUUAUAGUGAGUGAUUAUAGGUCAGGUUCAUCACUGUUAGGUGAAAUGUUCAACCAAAACAACGACGUAUAUUACGUCUUUGAACCACUGAAGGACUGCAUAACUACAGAUACUAAGGAUUUUCUAGAAGAGUUGUUAGAAUGUGACCCUCCAAAAUGGGGGAUUCAACGGAGAAACCGGCAGUCGGGGUGUGAGCAAGACUCUCCCGUCUUCAAGAACAAAAUAUCUGCGUGUCUCCGGAAGAAGAAUCAUUCAGCUGAGUGUAGGAAGUAUCCCAUACUAGCUGCCAAGUUUAUACGAUUACGGAGUGUUGAGGAAGUACACGAGUACGGUAUACUGAACAAUGCAAAUGUGUUCGUUAUCCACAGCUUUAGAGAUCCUCGGGGUACCAUAAACUCGAGGCUUGCGUAUGAUAAAGUUUUCUACAAUGGUCAUGCUGUCCUGAAAAGUGCUAUAACUCCAAAAAUCGUGGGACAUAUGGCGGAAUCCUUGUGUGGAAGAUACUACAACGACUCAGUUUUCGGUGACAGUCUAAAAGAAAAAUACCUGCGAAUAAACUACGAAGAUCUCUGUGAAGAUCCUGACAGCAACAUCAAGCGAGCAUACGAUCUGAUCGGACAUAAACCACCUCAGCGAGUGUUGGACUGGUUCAAGGAGCACACCAGCGCUGCAAGCACCUCCGCGGUGCAGGAUAAGAUGGGUCUGAGCAGGAACUCUAAACUUACGGCUGUUCGGUGGAAAGAGGAGCUUGGUCAGGAGUAUAUAUGCGCUAUUGAGGAGAAGUGUGGCCAGUUGAUUGAUUAUAUGAACUUGGAUUACAGUUGCGCCGUCAGCUUUUCGAACUAACCGUACGUAAGCAGGCAGGAAAAAAACUUUUUCAUUAUGUUAUUGUCAAUUCUAUAUUGUUGCAUUGGUACAGAUGCAUAUUGCAUGGCCAUGCACAUGGUAUCAAUAGGUAUUCAAAUACGAUGAUCUUGUUUAUUAUUUGGUCAUUGAUGGAAUCAUGUUCAUUGUUUACUUAUUUAUCAUAUAUCUAAUUUUAU